UCCCUUCUAUGACUUGGACUGUUCAAGUACCACUUUGACCGAAACUGUUAAAGUUCUUUUGAAAGUGUUUAAAGUAAUGUAGGUGAUUCACAAUCGUCGCUGCCGUGUUUCUAUGAAGCUAUAACUUUGACCGAAACUGUUAAAGUUCUUUUGAAAGUGUUUAAAGUAAUGUAGGUGAUUCACAAUCGUCGCUGCCGUGUUUCUAUGAAGCUAUAACUUUAAGAACGCUUCUAGGAGAAUAUUACCUACUUGCAUUGUGUAAAUCACAACAUUCUUGAUAUACGGAAAUAAGAUCUUAAAUUACAGUCAUGGUUUUCUCUGAGGUUAUAAGUACUUUCCCUUAUAUUAUAGUAUAAAAGUUAUUAUUUUUCUCAUUUUCUCAAAGUGUGAGCGUUUGUGUGAGCUGCGAGUUGAUCUAAAAAUAUUGACCAUGGACCGUGACCCUGAAGGGCAGCGCGUGAUGUCAAUGAGACUGUCAAGAGUUAUGAAAGACAUCGGUGUGAACAAACAGGGAGUCGCCACGAGGAGAAGGGAAAUUCUGACCAUGGAAGAAUGGUGGACCUAUACGUCAAAGGAAGUCUUUAACAUAGACUGCGUCACUUUUUUCUUCGGAAGUCAAUCAGAAGGUACAACAACAUUCGGAAUGAAGUCGGACUUGGAUAUCUUCAAUUGUUGUAUGCAAUAUCACGUUAUUGUUGACUGGGCAGACUGGGAGCCGGGGGAGCCGGGGGAGCCGGGGGAACUUCGUCUGCUUAUGAUAAAGAACGAGCGUUCUCCGCCCCAGCACUGCUGCCUGCAGAUGGUGAGAGAUGACUGUCCACUGCCCGUCACUACGGACAUGAUGCCACCGUCUAUAAAAUAUGAGGAGAUAGACGGCAGAGUGCUAAUGCCAAACUCGUUUUUUUAUUCCAAUGAACCUAUAAAACAAGGUCCAUCGAGAAGUCAUCUUAAAGGUGUAGAUUGCAUCGUCGCAUUAUAUUGUCAGAGCGUACCAAAAGAAUGUCAGUUCUUAUUCACAAGGCCAAAACCUGGCCACUGGCCGAGACAUGAAAUACUUCAAGAGGCACGCCAGUAUGGAAUAUUUCUAGUCCCACAGGGUCACGCCGAGAGUGAUCUGUCAAAACUGGAGUGGAGAUUCUCUACAUCAUUGGUUGAAAGGCUGCUGAUGUUUGACCUAUGUAUUGUUAAAAUACGUGUGUACGUAUUUCUUAAGAUAUUGCGUAAGUCUUUCUUUAAACCACUUGUCGGCGAUAGACUCAGCACAUUUCAUUUCAAAACCGCUCUGUUGUUCACUGUGGAGACAUAUCCUCCCGACAUCUGGCAAGAACAUAACCUGCUGCAGUGUGCAAUCUAUUGCCUGCAGACCCUCCAACGAUGGUUUAAACAUCGGUACUGUCCACAUUACACGAUCUCGGGUGUAGACCUAUUCGUGGGAAAACUGAAGAAAUGGGAGCUUCCUCUUCUGUCAGCAGUUCUGUCCGACGUGAUAGACAACAUCAUGGUCUAUAUAUACCAGAUAGAAAUGGACCAGAUAGGCGAUAAAAUGCAAAGCUUCAUUAGAUCCGUGCACGUUAGUCGCGUGCACGUAGAUGCCGUAACAAGGUUCAAAAAAAUCUUAUUAACAGCAAUACCCCGUUACAAAUACGUUGGUCAGAUGUCUAUAUUGUUAAAACACAAUGGUGAGCAAAUAAAUGGAAACUCCGAAGAAGCAGCACUUGUUCACAGUUGUAAGUUUGGAGUUUCCACGUGGUUAUGUUUCCCCACGUUCUUUAACAACAUCCUCGCACCAUUUCUUGACAUAAUUAAUGAGCUAUCCCUGGACUCAGACCUCACCUCCAGUAGACUGAAGUAUGCCUCCAGGCUGUACUGCACUGAUCAGUAUGAGAGGGCAAAACUGGCGUUGGCUUACACCGAGGGGCUACUUCAUGACGAUGUGUGGCAGUGGUGUCCGUGUAUGAGACGAGCAGAAUCACUGUACACUGAUAGGUUUCUACAGAGGGUUCAUGAUUUACCUGGGUUGGAAGUGAUUCAGUCGCAUGUUGCGGUGAGCGUUGCUUUUAGUUCAAUGGAGGCCGGGUGCCUACCACAGUUCCUAGAGUUUGAAAUGCAGAGAACGGUCGGGCAAGGAGAUAAGCAACACAGACAUUCCGAAUUGGACGAUUGGAUGGACAUGGCCAUCAUCGACUCCAUCCCAUUCCUGUAUUACCUGCAAUAUCUCACAUACAGACAGCUAGGAGAACAAGAGAGAAGAGUGAGAUCGCUUAAGAAGUUGCACACCUAUGUUUUCUUUGAAAGUGGCGACCGUGGCCACAUCGAGACGGCUCUCAAUGUACUAGGCCACUGCUUUGAAUUAGAAAAUAUGCACAUCGUAGCCUGGGCAUGCUACGCUCGAUCUUUGCGACUGUUCCCAUACAACAACGCAGCCAGAUGGCAUAUCAUGAGACUCCUUCACCAGGCCGCUGCUCAGAUGUGAUUCACACAUAAAUAAACUUAAUUGAGGCGGAAAUAAAAAAAGUUAAGAGUGGACGAUUAAUAUGCAUGUAUACAAAUGCACGCACACAGCGAGAAUAUUAUUAUGUUUUGUACUGACCUUGUUCCUGUGAUUUCCAUUGUAUUACAAACGUACAUCGUUUUUAGUAAAGUUGAAAGUUCGAAAUGUAUACAUGUACUUUCUUUUUUUUCCGAACAUAUCCAUUUAGUCUAUCUUUGUUAUAUUUAACAAUUAAACUUGAAAAUGU